AUGGGUAAAAGAAAGAAAUCUUCUAGAGGUCCAGUUAAGAGGGUCGUCCAAAAAUUAGAUACUAAAUUUAAUUGUUUAUUUUGUAAUCAUGAUAAAUCAGUUUCAUGUACUAUAGAUAAGAAGAAUAGUAUAGGGUCACUUUCGUGUAAGAUCUGUGGUCAGACAUUCCAAACCCGUAUUAAUGCCUUGUCACAGCCUGUCGAUGUCUAUAGUGAUUGGUUUGAUGCAGUAGAGGAAGUUAAUGCAGGCCGUGGUAGUGAAAGUGAAAGAGAUGAUGAUGAGAGUGGGUCCAGUAGUGAUUAUGAAAGUGACAGUGAUGCUGAACCUAGAGCCAGCAGGGCAAUUGAUUCUGAAGAAGAAGAGUUGGAAUCUGAUGAAGAAAGAAUUGGUUCUGUUAAGCGUGGUCGUGGUACUUUAGUUGACAGUGAUGAUGAAUAG